AUGGCGCUUCAACAACGCAUACCGACGGUCGAAGCCGCCGAUGUCUCUCCCGUGCAGACGUCGGCGUCACCUGCCAUCGCCGCCCUAAACUUCGCCGCGAGCUUUCACCGCGACGCCGAGGCGUGUCGCAACGCGCGCGACCGCGAACUCCUGUACGAGAACUACCGCGACAAGAUCCUCGCCAUCGAUACUUUUGCCGCCAACGUCGCCGCGGCCUUCCUGCCCUUUCUCCGUGUCGCCGCCAGUCGCAGGGAUUCCGAUGCCGGGCGCUGGGAGGAUUUUAACCGCCUCGCACGGCGGGGUAAGGCCACGCGCGACCGUGCAAGCCAGCACUUGCAGCAUCAAUCCGGCGUCAUCGCCGCCUGGGGACUCGAGUGUUUCCAACACUAUGGUUGGCAGGCCCUACCGCUGCCGCUACUCCGCCAGCUUCACGACUUGGCUGUGCUGAUGCCGCGCUGGGACGAUGUCGUCAACCUGCUCAACUCCAAGAUGCUCGCCCGCCACGAACUUCGCGUCCUACGCGGGAAGAAUAAUGCUCUCCGGGUCGGCGAGCACUCUGCCGCGUCCAAAGUGCAGGAUUCGCGCUCGCCCCAACUCAAGAAGUCGACGCUGGUCAUCGGCGGGUCCCCCAUUAAGAAGUUUGGUCUGAAGCGGGACCACUACGGCAUGGUUGUGCCGUCGACGAUCUCCACGAGCGGCUCCGACAAUGAGCAGAGCGACGGAGAUGAGGAUGUUGAUGACCAGAGCGAUGGAGAUGAGGAUAUGAAUGACCAGAGCGAAGAAGAUGAUGAUGAUAUCAGUGAGAAGAGCGACGUGAAUAAGGAUAUGAAUGACCAGAGCGACGGAGAUUCCGAUAUCGAUGACUACGAUAUAUCCCCGCCAUCGCCCAAACGGGCCAAACUCUCGGCAGCCGAGCCAACGCACUUAUCUCACGCAUCAGUCUCCGACGGCGGGUCGCCCUCGCGCACCGCGGAUUCUCUGCCCGAUCAUCGCAUUGGCACUCUACCACGCCAGGAAAGUGAAGCGAGAGCGGACAAGACACCACCACAGCCGGACGCGCCGCCGUUGUUAGCGCCGCAAGCACGAUUGAGCAGGUCCGACGGGAACCAGCCGAUACCGAUACCGAUACACAUGGCGGCCCCAACCGAAACCCAACCAAGCGAGGCCGGCGGUGGGAAUGACUCGCCACCGCCGCGACCGCCCACGCUUCUUCAGACUUUGCAGCAGAGUUACGCGGCCGACAUCCGCCAACUCGUUCACCAUUUAAAGCAGCCCCACGCCUCCGACGAAGUUCAGCGUCAGCGCCAGCUCCAGCUCGACUGGCUAGAUCCGCAGCGCUGGGCCAGCGUCUACGCCGAGCCAGAACACCAGCUCGGUGGAAGCUCGGUAGCAUCGCCCAGCGACGCCGACGUCUGGUAUUUGAGCUCGGACAGCUUCCACCGCUACGCCGAGGACGGCUAUAUUUUCCGCCGACCUGUCGUCGUCAAGCAGCAGUUUCAGGACAGUAGCAUGUACGACAUCGCCGAGUACAUUGACAUGCUAUGGCAGCGCUUUCCCGAGCAGCAGAUCGAGGUCCAAAAUAGCGCAACCGGCGCAUUCUCGUUGAUGAGCAUGAAGGAUUAUUGCCUGACGGCCACCAAGGUCGAUUUGAACUCGUUCGAUGCCAUUACGCCCAUCAGCAACGCCACAAAUCUCCAUCGUCUGGCGCGCGCGGAUGAGCCGGUACUCAGCAGGCUACCGCGCUUCCGACUGCUCUCGACACUCGCAGAUCGCGUGGCCGGCACGGUGGGUAGGAGCCGGCAUCUCGGCCAGAAUGACAUGGGGGACCAUCUUGCUUUCAACACGCUGAGCUUUACCGGCGCACAUGCCAGACCGCACGUGGAUGCUCUGGGCGGAUGCUGGGUGCGAUGUCUCGCCGGCCUCCAAGUAUGGGGCUUCGCGACGAACCUCGAUGCGGACGACUGGGAAAGAUUCCAGACUGAUCGCUGUAAUUGGUCGCCGCAAGGCAAGGGCCGGCUCAUCGUGAUGGAGCAAGACGACGUCUUGUUCGUACCACCGGGUUUGCGCGUGAUACAAGUCACCUUUGCUCUGGAACCCUGUCUCAUGGAAGGCGGACUCUUGUGGGAUGAAUGCGCCAUCCCCGAAAUCUUGGAUGAGCUGCUCUGGAACGCCAAGCGGCCAGAGCGCAGGAGCGAACCUAAUUCCUUUCAGCUACGUGCCGUCGUGGACGCGUUGGAGAAGUGGUUCAACGAGGAAAACUGCGUCUACCCUUCUCCGCCUCUUGCGGCAACGGCGUUGGAAACCGGCAUUCAGUCUGCGGUAACUACUGUUCGGCAGUGA